AUGUCGAUGGACCUCGAUGCGCCAGUCGCUCUUCCUACUGUGAACAAGCCACAAGCAGCAACAAUUCUUUGUUGUAAUUGUGGCGCCCCCAUCGAUGGGACCGCCUCCGCAGGUGCUUUAUGUUAUGACUGUAUCAAACUCACUGUCGAUGUAUCAGAAGGAAUCCAGCGGGAGGGCGUGCUUCACACGUGCAGAGAUUGCGAAAGAUGGCUAAGCCCACCCUCACAGUGGGUAUCGGCAGCCCCAGAGAGUAGAGAACUGCUGGCGUUAUGUCUACGAAAACUCCGAGGCCUCAACAAAGUUCGGAUCAUCGAUGCCAAUUUCCUCUGGACGGAACCCCAUUCUCGGCGGAUAAAGGUCAAGAUUACCGUUCAACAAGAGGCGUACGAAGGAACGAUCCUGCAGCAAACUUUCGAGGUGGAGUAUGUGGUCGCCUUCCAACAAUGUCCAGAAUGCGCCAAGUCAUACACACCAAAUGUAUGGCGAGCCUCAGUCCAAGUUCGACAGAAAGUCCCUCAUAAGCGAACCUUCUUGUAUCUCGAGCAGCUGGUCCUCAAACAUCAAGCGCACAAAGACACGAUAAACAUCAAAGAAGUCAAGGACGGGCUAGAUUUCUACUUUUCUCAACGAAAUCAUGCCGAAAAAUUUGUCGACUUCCUCACCUCUGUGGCACCAGUCAGAGUAAAGAAGUCCCAAGAACUGAUUUCCAUGGACAUCCAUACAUCCGCAAAGUCCUACAAAUUCACAUUCUCUUGUGAGCUAUUGCCGAUCUGCAAAGAUGAUCUAGUCGCUUUGCCCAUCAAGAUGGCCAAAUCCAUCGGGAACAUCGCACCCUUGACCCUCUGCUACAGAGUAGGCACGUCAAUCAAUCUGCUAGACCCUACUACGCUACAGACAACGGACAUGCCCACAUCGACGUACUGGCGAACGCCUUUCAAAAGUCUUGCAGAUGUGCAGGAACUUGUAGAGUUUGUGGUGCUCGACAUCGAACCCCUUGGCACUCAAAACGGUCGGUUCUUCGGAGCCGAGGCCACCGUAGCACGAGCGUCAGACCUUGGAGUCAAUGACAAGACUUACUACUGCCGGACACAUCUUGGUGGCGUGUUGCACGCUGGGGACUCAGUACUUGGCUAUCACUUGACAGGAACAAACUUCAACAACCCGCAGUUCGAGGAUUUGGAGCAGAGCAACAAUUAUUCAUCAACCAUCCCAGACGUGAUGUUAGUCAGGAAAUUCUACGCCAGGAAGAAGAAGGCCAAGUCCAGAAACUGGAAACUGAAGCGGAUGGCUAAAGAUGAGGGCGAACUGUUGCCAAAGAAAGCAGACCAGGAUAGGAUGGAUGCCGAUUAUGAAAUGUUCUUGCGAGACGUGGAGGAAGACGUCGAGCUCAGACAAACGCUAGCAUUGUACAAGAGCAAGGAUCAGAAAAAGAAGGAUGCAGAUGAGAUGAGCAUGGUGACUGGAGAGAGCAGCGAUGACGAAGUGCCUCAGAUAAACAUGGAUGAACUGCUGGAUGACUUUGAAGAUCUCGAUGUAAACGACGAGGUAUGA